AAAACGUCAAGUUUAACGGCAGCUCACGACGGUGAUCGUGUCGUGACUCAGGGCGUCUUUCCUCGCUCCAACAUUGUUUGAUUUUAAAUUGACCAACACAGAGGACGAAGCACGAAGAUCGAUCGAUUUAUCAUCUACUUCAUGCUUCUGAAUCCGAUAAAGGAAUGAUAGUCUAUUAUAGGCUUGCUUUGAAUCUGGAUUGACCCCUCAAAAAAAAAAGAAUAAGGAAGUGAGAAAAAAAGAAUAAAGCUUGGAUGAUUUGUUGUGGAUAUAUGUGGAAAUCCGGAGGAGAAGAUUUGCAAGGUUUCUAUCCGGUUAGAUCAGAAUGUCAAACAGAUGUUCCAAGAACACGGUUUAAAUCAAGGGCUGGCAAAACUCUAAGUGCUAGAAGAUGGCACGCUGCGUUUACUGAAGAUGGACAUUUGGAUAUGGAGAGAGUUCUCCGGCGUAUACAGCGAGGGGGAAUUCAUCCAUCAAUCAAAGGAGAGGUUUGGGAGUUUUUGUUAGGAGGUUACGAUCCGGACAGCACGUUUGAUGAAAGGAACAAGCUGAGGAAUCACAGAAGGGAGCAGUACUGUGCUUGGAAAGAAGAAUGUCGCAAAAUGGUUCCUCUUGUUGGUAGCGGAAAGUUUGUCACAAUGGCAGUUGUUGCGGAAGAUGGGCAGCCAUUAGAAGAGUCUUCAGUAGAAAAUCAAGGAUGGCUCGUGAAAACCGCUAUAACAGACAAGCGUGUGCUCCAAUGGAUGCUCGUGUUGAGUCAAAUCGGCCUUGAUGUUGUUAGAACGGAUCGGUAUCUAAGCUUUUAUGAGAAUGAGAGUAAUCAAGCAAGACUAUGGGAUAUUCUUGCCAUAUAUACAUGGCUAAAUCCUGAUAUUGGUUAUGUUCAGGGAAUGAACGAUAUAUGUUCCCCAAUGAUAGUCUUACUCGAAGAUGAAGCUGAUGCUUUCUGGUGCUUUGAGCGUGCAAUGCGAAGACUAAGAGAAAAUUUCAGGACAACGGCGACAUCAAUGGGCGUCCAAACUCAGCUGGGUAUGCUCUCACAGGUUAUUAAAACCGUUGAUCCUCUGCUCCAUCAACAUUUAGAGGAUCUUGACGGUGGAGAGUAUUUGUUUGCUAUACGGAUGUUGAUGGUUCUGUUCAGGAGAGAAUUCUCCUUCCUUGAUGCCUUGUACCUUUGGGAGCUUAUGUGGGCUAUGGAGUACAAUCCAAACAAGUUUGCCUCAUAUGAAAAACCAGAGAACCGUAACAACUUGUCGGGACAGGAUCCGAGGUUAUUGAAGCAGUAUGGAAAGUUUGAGAGAAAGUAUAUAAAGAGUGGCCAGAACGAGCAACACAACACGCUCGCUGUUUUCGUUGUCGCAAGCGUUCUUGAAACAAAGAACAAACGUCUCUUGAAGGAAGCUAAAGGCUUAGACGACGUUGUUCAGAUAUUGGGCGAUAUUGCGGGUAAUUUGGACGCGAGAAAAGCGUGUAAAGAAGCGUUGAAGAUUCAUGAAAAAUUCCUGAGAAAGGCUAAUAGGCGAUAGACAUUGCUUAACCUUUAACCAUCUAUUUUCCGGUUUUGUCAGACCGAUUCUGAUUUCGAUCUUGGCCUAGAAAUCUGGUAAAGAUCGUGGUUGGGGAUCCAUGAGAACACUCUGAUUCUAUUGUUCUUUCAUUUCUGUAAACUUUUUGUUCUUAUGCAUUUCAGUUCCCCGUUUGUAGUGUGCUAAAGAAAUUAAAACAUUCGUGUGCCGUUUCUUGUUUACAAGAAGGAACUUCUUGAUGUUA